GGCCGGAUGAUGAUGAUGAUGAGCUUGUGUCGGCGUGCGAGCUAAUCUCCCACGAUGGUGCUUAGUUAGUUUAAAAGUGCGCGCUAAGAGUGUUUUACUUGAAAUCGCCAAUGGCGGGUGUAGUGUAUCCGGGUUAAGCGGUUGAGUGGAAAUGCUGGUGCUUAUAGAUUUAAUCAAUUAACUAACAUCCGUUUACAUGAUUGAUGUGCCGUUGGGUGAAUAUAUGUAUAUUUUCGGAAGGAAGGAAAUUAAAUCAACGAAGGACGGCGCAAUUAAAACCGGUUAAGCGAAUGCAAAUGUUACCAACGGUUGGAGCAGUUGUGUUGUUGUGGUGCAUUUAAUUAUGAACGAAUGCUACUUUAUUCCGAAUGGUAAAGGUGUAGUGAAGUUUUGGCAGUGCUUGUAAUGAAAACAGAGCUCUCUCUCUCUCUCAUUAAUCAUCGUUUCAAAAGUAACAAAUUUGAUACAAAGAGGUUUGUAAUUAGUUCAAAAGUGAAUACAUCCGCGUAAUUCAAGGCGGGAUUGUCGAUUGAUAGAAAACAUCGUCUAUAUUGCGUGGAAAGUGAUCGAAUAUAAGAUGAUUUUUCCUUUCGGAUGGAACAUGGAUAUACGAUACCCGCUACUACUGACGCUGAUCGGUAUGAUUGAUCUCGUCAUCACGCUGAAGGACGUGCGCGUCAGUGUUCCGGUUGCCAUCAGGCGGGGCGAUAAUGCAAAUUUGAUCUGCCAUUACGACAUGGAGGGUGCCGAGCUGUACUCCGUCAAGUGGUACAAGGGAAAGCGCGAGUUUUUCCGCUACACGCCGAAGGAAAUUCCCGCACUGAAAUCGUUCGUCGUCGCGGGCCUGUCGGUGGAGCGCCCCCUAUCGAACGGUAGCCAUCUGACGCUGGUGGCGGUGGAGCCGGCAGCAACAGGCAAAUACAGCUGCGAAGUGUCUGCCGAUCUACCGUCGUUCGAUACGAUGAUCGUGUCCAGCGAGAUGGAAGUUGUUGACGUCCCUGUUACAAAGCCGCUAAUUACGGGCAUCAAACAGUUCUACCGAAUAGGUGACGUGGUGCUGGGCAACUGCACGUCCUACAACUCGAAACCGGCAGCCAAUCUUACCUGGCUGCUGGACGACAAAAAGAUCAAUGCGUCGCAAAUGAUGCAGUACCCGAUCUACAAGGACCAGCGGAGUGGACUUGACACAUCCACCCUGGGGCUAUUUUUUCAUCUCUCCCAUCAUUUUCUCGGCCGGAGUAAACUCAAAUUUAGCUGCAUUGCUGUAAUCUACGACGUGUACGAGCAGCGCGUCGAUCGGUGGAUCGAGGACGAACGACCAAAGCUGAUGGCGGCAUCGGCUUCUCCGGUUGGGCUCAAUCCAGUCAACUAUGUACACUCGAUCUACGACCAGUCGUCGGCAGCAUCUUCCUACCACCAUCACGAUAGCAGCGAUUUUGACAAUCAAAACAGUGAUGCCUACAUGACGCAAAUACAAGGAGACAUGUCAUCUACAGCAUCCAGACCGGGUGGUGCGGAGCGAAUAAUCCUUACGCUCGGUGCUCUGCAUCCAGCCAGCCGGACAGCAGUGGCAGCGGUUAUGCAAAUAGUGUUUUCGACCCUGGUGGCACUUCUUUCCGGUGGCAGUGUAGGUCAACGGCCGGCGUCUUGUGGUCGGCACCGGUCCAUCUCUUCCUUCGUGGCGUUGGUUUGAGCGCUCUGAAUGGUCUUAGCUCGGUGUGAUGAUAGUGGCCGCCCUUCUUGUCCCACAACUAAACACACACAUUCACAACACAUUCGCACUUUUUGUGGGUCGGCAGUAGUGGGUAUUGCAUUGUGAGUGGUUUCCCGGUUGUUCGGUUACUCCGAGUACCCGGAAAACGGUUCAGCGAGUGUCAUUUAGAACGAGCACAGGAAAAAAUGAGGCAAAAUGUGAAGAACCACCCGAAUCCAUAAAACUCCCCUAGUAUUUAUUUGUGUGUGUGUGUGUGUGUGGUGCCCGUUGUCCCAUAAAACCAUCCGGCUGGAAAGACUCGUUCAUCGUGUUGGUCGCGCAAAGGAAACUGUCAAACGGGAUGGAAAACAUCAAAAUCUUAGUAAAUGGAAAGUGAGUAAAUGCAAACGAACAGUGAAGCAAACCCAAAAAAAAACGCGCACACACAGCGAAACAUUCGCGCAUGCAGAAAGGCACGCUCCGGCUCCCUAAAGUGGGGGUCAGCAUAACCAGGCGCUCCAUUUUCGUUUGUUGUGCGAUGUAAAUAUGGUUCGUUGCGUUGCGUUGCCCGUACAGUUCGUCGGGGGUAGUUAAAAGAAAGCAGGAGCAGAAAGUGAAGAAAAAAACAACACUUAGAUUCAUGCUUUUCCCAGCUCCGUGAUCAUCGCAGUAUAAUGCAACGAAUGCAGAAGAUGCAAGAGUGGAUAGUGGUUGAACAAGAGCAAAAAAGGCGAGCAGUCAUUGGAGAAUGCAACUAGAACGGAACCAGUGCAAUAACGGCCAGUGGGCGACGGCAUUGCCUCGGCGAGCGCAAGCUUGAAAGAUUUGCUGGUCGACAAAUGAAACAAAUUUAAUAAUAAAAAAGCCCUCUCCCUCUCAAUGCUGUCUCACCCUACACGAUGCAAAAUGUUCUGUUCUGUUGCGUGUACUGACCUGUUAAUGUUUGUGAGCAUUGAAGUAAGAAAGCGGAGAGCGAUGGGGGGGGGGGGG